UAUAUCAGUUGGGAUUGCAGACUGUCUUGUAUCAGAAGAGCACAGUACGCAUGUUGCAGUGUAGCUAUAGCCUACUGUCUUGGCUUGGCAAAUGUUACUGUUCUCCUGAUUACUAAACUUGCUCGGCCUUUAUCCGCUAGAUUCUUAACCUCGACCAGUCUGAGUUAGAGGAUACUUUCUGGCAGUGCCUUUAAAUGCCAGUCAUGUUUACUGUAGUGAUGGGAAGUAUGACAUUUCCGCCAAUCGGUUCUUUCGAACAGUUCGUUUCACAGAACCGGUUCAAAAAAACUGAUUCAGUGAUUAUUUUCGCUUUAUACGAAAAUAGUGCAGUAUGUACGUAUACCUGUUGAUAUUUAUCAUAGCUCCAUCAAUCAAAUCUCUUGUUAUCAGUUCACUCACCCCUUCUCGACUCAUUACAAAUUGGACAUGUUCUAAAAUACAGUGAACAAGUUCAACCGAUUGAAAAGAUCCGACUCGAACGAAUGAUUCGUUCGUGACGGACAGCGCUAAUGUCAAACUACCGGAGGUGGUGAUUGUGUGUUGAGCUUACUAACAUACGGAUACAACUCCUGACGGAGUGAAGGGGUUGUUGACUUCCUGAUCUUCACAGCAUUAAGGACGUUCUAAAAUAAGGAGGGCAAUCAUGACAGCUAAACAAAUAAGAGUGAUGGUCCUCAAUGACAUGGAGAAACUCGACAGGACUCUCUUCCGUCUGGAGCAAGGGUAUGAGCUCCAGUUUCGUCUGGGCCCCACUCUUCAGGGGAAGCACGUGCAUGUUCACACCAACUACCCUGCAGAAGGGGAGCGAUUUGAGCGCCACAAGUUCCGCGCCUUAGACUGGAUUAACCCUACUGGAAGAGAGGAUGAUUCGGACAAGUUCUGCACCCUUGGCCUCAAGAUUUCAGGCUCUUACCAGUAUUACUUUGGCCAUGGAGAUAAGGAGAAGUCUGGUGGUGGGUAUAUUGUGGUGGACCCAGUGCUCCGGGUAGGGGCGGACAACCACGUCUUGCCACUGGACUGCAUCAGUAUCCAGACAUACCUGUCCAAAUGCCUCGGGCCCCUGGAUGAGUGGCUGGACAGGCUGAGAGUCACCAAAGAGACAGGUUAUAAUAUGAUUCACUUCACGCCAUUGCAGACGCUGGGAGAGUCUCGCUCCUGUUACUCUCUGGCCGAUCAACUAACGCUCAACCCAGACUUCUCUCCUCCUGGACAAACUUACACCUGGACAGACGUUGGCAACCUGUUGGAGAAAAUGAAGAAUGAGUGGAAUAUGCUUUGCAUCACGGAUGUGGUUUACAAUCAUACAGCUGCUAACAGCAAAUGGAUUAAGAAACAUCCCGAGUGUGGUUAUAACCUGGUGAACUCUUCCCAUCUGAAACCGGCCUGGGUGCUGGAUAGAGCCCUGUGGCACAUCACCUGUGCUAUAGCUGAUGGCAAAUACGAAGACAGGGGUCUCCCAGCCCUAAUCCAGAAUCACGAACACCUCCAUGCCAUUCGUGGAGUUCUCUGGCAGGAUGUGUUUCCUAAGAUUAAACUGUGGGAGUUCUUCCAAAUCAAAGUGGAACCGACGGUGGAGCAGUUCAGAGAUUUACUCCAAAGUGGAGCCAAACCUGAGAGGAGCAAGACUGAGGGCAAACAGCAACUGAAGAUCAUCCAGGACCCUCAGUACAGACGUUUUGGUAACACAGUGGACAUGAACUCUGCUCUAGAAACCUUUGUGCCCCAUGGCAACAGUCCUGGUGCCAUUGAGGAUUGCUGUAACUGGCUGAGGAGAAGACUGGAGGAAAUCAAUGGUGAACAGUAUCAUGAAAUUCGGCACCAUCAGGAGCAGGCUACUAACUGCAUUGAUGGAACUGUAAGCUAUGAAAGAAUAGCUGACCACGGACCCAAGUUGGGCCCCGUCACCAGGAAACAUCCUCUGGUUACUAGAUAUUUCACUUUCCCAUUUGAGGACGCAACUUUGGAACAGGAUCUGGAGCUGAUGAAUCAACCAGAAAAGUCAUGUCACUUCCUGGCCCAUAAUGGCUGGGUCAUGGGGGACGAUCCCCUGAGGAACUUUGCAGAGCCAGGGUCCAACGUCUACAUCAGGAGGGAGCUGAUCUGCUGGGGUGACAGCGUUAAACUGCGGUAUGGCAGUGGGCCUGAGGACUGCCCCUACCUGUGGGCCCACAUGCAGAAAUACACAGAGAUUACGGCCAAGCACUUUGUGGGAGUGCGUCUGGACAACUGCCAUUCAACUCCACUGCAUGUGGCUGAGUACAUGCUGGAUGCUGCCCGAACCCUCAGACCUGACCUGUACGUGGUGGCCGAGCUCUUCACAGGCAGCGAGGAGCUGGAUAAUGUCUUUGUAACUAGAUUAGGAAUCUCUUCACUCAUCAGAGAGGCGAUGAGUGCAGGAGACAGUCAUGAGGAGGGUAGGCUGGUAUACCGGUAUGGAGGGGAACCUGUGGGGGCUUUUCUUCAGCCCAGUCUCAGGCCUCUGGUGCCCAGCAUUGCCCACGCCAUGUUCCUGGACGUCACACAUGAUAAUGAGUGCCCUAUUCAGAUCCGCUCUGUAUAUGAUUCACUGCCCAGCUCUGCUAUUGUUUCUAUGGCCUGCUGUGCCACUGGUAGCACCAGAGGCUACGAUGAGUUAGUUCCCCACCAGAUCUCAGUGGUAUCAGAGGAGCGCUUCUAUAGCAAAUGGAAUCCUCAGGCUAAGCCUUCGUCCCCUGAAGAGGUCAACCUGCAGUCAGGAAUUAUCGCCGGAAAGCUGGCCCUCAACCGGUUACACCAGGAACUGGCAUCAAAAGGCUUCAACCAGGUGUUUGUGGACCAAGUGGAUGAGGACAUUGUGGCGGUCACCCGUCAUUGUCCCAGUACACACCAGUCAGUGGUGGCUGUGUGCCGCACUGCAUUCAAGAACCCCAAACAACAUCGCUACACAAACGAGGUUCCAUCAAUGUGCAUCCCAGGUAAGAUAGAGGAGGUGGUGCUGGAGGCGCGUACCGUGGAGAGGCAGGAGGGCUCCUACAUAAAAGAUGAGAGGAGCAUUAAUGGCAUGCCUGGGUACACAGUGGAGAUUAAAGAGCACAUCCAGCUGAAGGACAGUAAGGUGGUGCGGCAGGCUGGGGUGACGUCUCGAGGGCGCAGUGAAUAUGUGCAGGAGAUCGUGUUUGAGCAGCUGACGCCUGGAAGCGUUAUUGCUUUCAGGGUGAGUCUGGACCCCAAAUCUCAGGAGCUGGUUGGUGUGUUAAGGCACCAUCUCAUUCAGUUCAAUCCGCUGUAUAAAGCAGGAAGUCUGACUGAUCCAAACAUACCUGACAUACUGAAGAGUCCACUGACAGAGAUUAUGUCUAAGAUGACUCUGGCUGAUAUGAACGUUCUUCUGUUUCGCUGUGAUGCAGAGGAGAAGGAAAACGUAGGGGGCUGCUACAACAUCCCCGGCUGGAAGCCCCUCAAAUACGGUGGUCUGCAAGGUCUGUUGUCAGUGAUGGCAGACAUUCGACCCAAAAAUGAUCUUGGCCACCCGUUCUGUGACAACCUAAGACAAGGGGACUGGAUGAUUGACUAUGUGAGCAGUAGACUGAUAUCACAUGGGGGCACACUAGCCGAGGUGGGUCAGUGGUUCCAGGCUAUGUUUGCCUACCUGAAGCACAUCCCUCGCUACCUCAUCCCCUGUUAUUUUGAUGCCAUCCUGGUUGGGGCCUACACUACUGCACUUGAUGUGACCUUCAAACAGAUGUCAAGUUUUGUGCAGAAUGGCUCAUCUUUUGUGAAGCUGUUGGCUCUGGGAUCGGUCCAAAUGUGUGCCGUUGGACGUCUUCCAGCUCUUCCACCUCUCUCACCAGCCCUGAGUGAUGUGCCUUACCGUGUCAGUGAGAUCACAAAGCAGAAGGAGCAGUGCUGUGUUUCCUUGGCUGCAGGCCUACCUCAUUUCUCCUCUGGAAUCUUCCGUUGUUGGGGAAGGGACACAUUCAUCGCCCUGCGAGGACUAAUGCUGGUCACAGGCCGUCACUUGGAGGCCAGGAACAUCAUCCUGGCCUUUGCUGGCACAAUGAGACAUGGAUUGAUUCCUAACCUGCUGGGAGAGGGUGUAGGGGCGCGUUUUAAUUGCCGUGAUGCGGUGUGGUGGUGGCUGCAGUGCAUUCAGGACUACUGUACUAUGGUACCCAGCGGCACUGACAUCCUCCAAUGCCCUGUGUCCAGGAUGUACCCCACAGACGACUCUAAACCCCUGACAGCUGGCACUGUAGAUCAGCUGCUGUAUGAGGUCAUUCAUGAGGCCAUGGAGCGCCACAUGCAGGGUAUAGAGUUCAGAGAGAGGAACGCCGGACCACAGAUUGACUGCAACAUGAGAGACGAAGGCUUCAACAUUGUGGCCAAGGUGAACCCCGACACCGGCUUUGUGUAUGGUGGAAAUCGGUUCAACUGUGGGACCUGGAUGGACAAAAUGGGAGAGAGUGAGAAAGCCCGCAACAAAGGGAUACCAGCUACACCCAGAGAUGGAUCAGCGGUGGAAAUAGUGGGUCUAUGCAAAUCUGCCUUGCGCUGGCUGGUGGAGCUACAUAAACAAGGGCUCUUUCCUUACAAUAGUGUGGCCAUACACAAAGACGGCAAACAGCUGUCUAUGUCCUAUGAAGAAUGGGACAGAAAAAUCCAGCAGAACUUUGAGAAGAUGUUCUAUGUGUCCCAUGACCCAAAUGACCCCAAUGAGAAGCAUCCUGAGUUGGUUCAUAAGAGGGGGAUUUACAAAGACAGCUACGGCGCUUCCAGCCCCUGGUGUGACUACCAGCUCAGACCCAACUUUUCCAUUGCCAUGGUGGUGGCUCCAGAGCUGUUUACUGUGGAGCAUGCUUGGAAAGCACUGAACAUUGCAGAAGAGAAACUGCUUGGACCUCUCGGGAUGAAGACCUUAGACCCAGAGGACAUGGUUUACUGUGGCGUUUAUGACAAUUCUCUGGACAAUGACAACUACAACCUCGCCAGGGGCUUCAACUACCAUCAAGGCCCUGAAUGGCUCUGGCCUAUCGGUUACUUCCUCCGUGCAAAGAUCCACUUUGCAAAGAAGCUUGGAAAAGACACCUAUGACGAAACAGUGUAUUUGGUGAAGAAUGUCCUCUCUCGCCAUUAUGUCCACAUGGAACGGUCAUCAUGGAAGGGACUGCCAGAGCUCACUAAUGAGAAUGGCCAGUACUGCUCUUUUAGCUGUGAAACUCAGGCCUGGUCUCUUGCCACCGUGCUUGAGGUUCUUCAUGAUCUGUGAGCAGAGAUCAUGCACCCUUUUCUUCCACAAGUGUUUCUGUGUAAUCAUGUUUAUGUGCUGUUUACCUAAACAGAUGUGAGGACACGUUACAGCCCUGAAAUCAUAGCUGAAAGAGUGUAAAGUACAAAACAACUUCCCGUUCUUCAGAAUUAGUAUGAGAUUUCCUUGUUCCUCAUGUCCCCUCCCUUACUCGUCCAGCUUCAACUAGACUACUAGAGAUUGUGAGUUUGCCCUUUAUGUACUGUAGCUGAAUUGAGGUACGUCAUUAAAAUGUUGAUGUUAUUCUGCCAGAAUAUUCAGAACGUGUCUAGUGUAAUCUAUAAUUAGUUAAUGUGUAGUGUUUGUCCUACUUCUUUGCACACAAACGUCUUUCACACUGAUGUAAGUUUAGGAUGCAACUUUUGGAACUCACUAAAUGUUUUUGUUUGCAUGUUUCGAAAUGACUAAAUAAUUAGGAAAACUAAAAACGGAUAAAUGUGAAAUAAAAAGAAUGUUUAAA